AUUUAAACAUGUGAAGAAAUCUGCUGCAUGCCUAGACACGACCGUGGACGGUGAUCACCACGAGAUCACCAGGAUUUUGUGAUCGAGUUGAUAAAAAGGCAAUACAGCUGUGAAAAAAAGAAGAGCAAGACUAGGAGACUGUGAUUAGGAACUUUUAAGUGUUUGAAAAUGGAGGAUACUGAGAACUAUACAAGCCUGCAAGAGUUCACAGAGGACAUCUCAAGCAGAGGAAACAAACCUAUACUCUACCCAUCACAGAGCAGACAAGGUGCUGUUAAAGGAAUGGAGUGUAUGAGGAGACAGAUGGUUAUCAUCCUUCUACUCACGCUGCUGGUUUCGUUUUGUGCUAACAUAGCACUGACCGUGAGCUUGGUGAACAGCAGAUCCAGCAUUUCCUCCCUCGCUGCAACUGUAGGCAAUCAAGAAUCAGACCCUCAGUCUCUGAAACUGUCCUCUCUACAGGAGCGCUUCUCCCUCCUCUGUUCAGACUACACCAACCUGGGGAAAACCUGUUCAAAACAAGUGAAAAAGUGCAUGCCAUGUCCUGAGGGCUGGAGACAUCUAGAGGACAAGUGUUACUACUUCAGUGAUGACAAAUUAGACUGGAAACACAGCAGGGAUAGCUGUGCAUCUAUGGGCAGCCAUCUAACAAUACUGCACACCCAUAAACAACAUGAUGCUCUGGAGAAAAUAGCCCGCAGCAUUGGUGGGUUUGAUUACCAUUUCUGGAUCGGCCUGUCAGAUGCUGAAGAAGAAGGAGUGUGGAAAUGGGUGGACAACACACGGGUCAAUAAAACGUACUGGAAUGAAUGGGAUAACGAGCCUAAUAACCACGAGUCUGGUGGGCUUCAUGGUGAGGACUGUGCUGUGCUCAAUGCCCACUCUAGAACCUGGUUCGACGUGCCCUGCGACCACAUCUACAAACGCAUCUGUGAAAUGAAUAGUGUCAACAUUGAUUAAUUAACUUAGUCAUUAAAAGUGUAGAAAACAAUUGUGUUUUUUCAAUUUUUGUAAAAAUAAAAUGUAAAAAAUGUAGAAAGCAGUGUUGUUUGUGUGACCUUUAGAGAAUUUAAAUGUAUUUUUGUACCUUUGUACUUGUUCUCUACAAAUAAAGAGAUUUGGCAGA